AUGAGCACUUUAGUGUCAGGUUCAGUUGCAGAGCAAAACCCGCUGGAUUAUGUUCGAAGCUCAAGCUACAGAAGCACAGGUGCUUAUGACCCUUUCAUGGCUCGACCGCACGGCCGAUAUAGUCCCCCAAGAGCAGACUUCAUAAGUGGCUCGUCAUCAGAACACUAUGGGUCGAGUAGAAUACUGCCCUUGUACGAAAGUGUGCCUUCUCAUCUGGCGAACUUUGUAACUUCAUCGCCCUUUUCAGCGGCGGAUGCGUUGUCGUAUGCACAUCACGACAAUUUGCAACGAGCAACGAUUAUUGAGGAUGAUCGAUCCAGCCGUAGACAGAGCCAAGAUAGCUUCGGUCCCAGAACAGCGUCUCCUCAGAGCCAGAACUACAUGGAGUACGAUUUCGAGCUGCAACGUCAUGGCAGCGAGACAGGUCGCAAUCAGCCACGGUACCACUCACGCAGACGGCCAUUCAAUCAGGACGAGUUUGAUGGUCCAUCACAAUAUUUACCUCUACCUCUACCGCAUCAGGAUGCUAGCCGAGCACAGGAUUUGACAGAUCUACCAGUACACCUGGACAUAUCAGAACAAGAGGACGUCAUGCGGCGAGCCAACGACAUUCUGUCCGAAUGUGCUUUCCAUUUUAUUGCCAAAUAUCAAUUUCCCGUUCCAUUAGAGCGGGACAAGCCCAGAGUCAGGUCCGCGGCCGACCGUGAAUGGACUGAAUGGGCAUAUCUGCUCAAGAGACUCGCUACGAAGCGACGCAUCCCAGCCAGAGUGUUAUACGAUAACCAGAUCAAACAGCUAGUUACGACCCUUGAGAAUUCUAUCGCAGCUCGACAGUCAGCGAAUAAAGAGCAAACACACCAGAAGAGAAAGCCAAAGGACGACAGGUAUAUACUGCAACUUGUCAGUGCAAGCACGCAGGUUGCGAAAUUGUUGAUGGACUCACUGGCCAUGGAACAGCUCAACGAGCUGUAUGGCAGGACUGAAAUGGUCAUUUUGGAGAGGCGUCAGCAAGCUCGACGGUCCCCUCGGCAUUGA